GCGUGUAAAAGUUAAUAAGUUGUUCCACUUACAAUUUCAUCAUCCCGAACCCGCACGGCCAACAAGCAGUUGAAUUAACCCGCACAACAAUCCGAAACCAUCGCAAUCCAUCCCCAUUUAUUCAUUACAAGCAAUUAUCACCGUCGCUUACUCUAUUCAUUUCGGAUCUCAUCGUGGAGAGGUCAUUCCAUUACCUGAACCAACUUCCCAGUUACGCGCGACUCCGAGGCGCAAACAAUCCACUGUGGCGUCCGUUCUCACUCAAACGCAGUCGCAACUGUCUCUUCAACAACACUUGGAUAUCUCGUCGGAGGUCCUGGAAUACGUGCAAGAGGAACUGGAGGGGGAACCACAACCUUUGAUGAUGGCGCAGGCAGGAGGGCCUAACCAAAAUCCGCCAAAUGACAAGAGAAGGGUCAAAGUCUAUGAGUUGCGCGAUGGUGACUGGUUUGAUAGAGGAACCGGCUUUUGCAGAGCCGACUUUAUGGUUGAUAAUGGCCCUGAAAAAUCAGACCCUAGAGUAAUGGUGCAGUCGGAGGAUCAACCAGGUCGUAUACUUCUAGAGACUAAGAUCGUUAAAGGAGAUGAAUUUCAGAAACAGCAAGAAACUCUCAUAGUAUGGACGGAACCGGAUAGUGAGAUGGAUAUGGCUCUCAGCUUUCAAGAAGCAGAGGGCUGCACGGCUGUUUGGCGAUUCAUCAACAACAUACAAACGACUCUGGGUGGACAUGGAGGAAUUAGUAUUGAGGAAGAUAUCAUAUCUGAUGAUAACAUCCCCGAGCUAAACAUUCCAACGUCUCUCCCCAAUCCUUCAUUGGGUAACCUGCCCGAAUUGGAAAUGCAAUUAAGACAAUUGAACAGCACAACAUCCGGACGCGAAGCCCUUACGAAAUUGGUGAUCAACGAAAACUACAUUCGCAGAUUGAUACCACUGGUCGAAGUAGCAGAAGAUAUGGAGGAUUUACCAAGUUUACAUCGACUUUGCAACAUGAUGAAGAUUAUAAUUUUGCUCAAUGACAAUGCAAUAAUCGAGCAUAUCGUUACGGAUGAGGUGGUUAUUGGUGUUGUCGGAGCUUUAGAGUACGAUUCGGAUUUCCCAAGUCACAAGGCCAAUCAUCGACUUUGGUUAGGCAAAAAGGAUAUAUAUAAAGAAGUUGUCGAGAUACCCGAUGAGAACAUCAUGAGGAAGAUUCAUAAUACGAAUCGAUUACAAUAUCUCAAGGAUGUUGUCCUCGCCCGAAUCUUGGAUGACCCAACGUUCUCAGUUCUCAACGGUCUUAUCUUUUUCAAUCAAGUGGAGAUUGUCCAAUAUCUACAGAACAAUACAGCAGUUCUCAAGGAACUUUUUGGCAUUUUUGGAAACCAAGAGACAGACCAGGAAAGGAAGAAGAUGGCUGUACUUUUCAUACAACAAUGCUGCGCUAUCGCGAAGAAUUUGCAACCACCAGGACGACAAACGCUAUACAAUAACUUUUUGAGUCAUGGUCUUUUGUCUGUCAUUAAUUUCGCUCUCAAACACAAUGACGUUGGGGUUCGAGUGGGAGCUACAGACGUAUUGGUUUCUAUGAUUGAUCAUGAUCCGCAAAUGAUUCGUCAAACCAUAUUUCGACAAAUGGCCGAGAAGCAAACUUUGCUGACUGAUUCUCUUAUCGAUCUUCUUCUGGUAGAAGCGGAUUUGGGUGUAAAAGCUCAAAUAGCAGAUGCGAUCAAGGUUCUUCUCGACCAAGGUAGUCAUGUAGGACCAUUGGAAGGACUCUCCAAAGCCAAUGGUGCUGAAUAUGCCGCUCGAAUUCGAAACCAAACAGAUCCUCAACAUGAACUUUUCCUUAAUCAAUUCUAUGAGGAGUCUGCGAAAAAAUUAUUUAAACCUUUAGUGGAUUUGAAAGGACGCGAAGAUAUGAACUUUACUGUUCAUCAAGUAUCUUUAUUCAUUUACUUGAUAGAGAUUCUUUGCUUUUUCAUUAGACAACACAUGCACCGCAGCAAAUAUUUUGUGCUAUCAGAAGGAUUAGCUCAACGUAUCUCUCAGCUUUUGGGGAGCCCAGAGAAGUACCUAAAAUUAACUGCAUUGAAGUUUUUCCGAAAUUUGGUUGGUUUACAAGAUGAAUUUUACAAUCAACAGAUGAUGCAAGAUCAUCUCUUUGAGCCAGUCUUAGACCUUGUCAUUGAAACAAUGCCUCGAGAUAAUCUUUUGAAUUCAGCUUGUUUGGAGUUCUUUGAAUUUAUCAAGAAUCAAGGUUCUAGUACAAGGGUUUUGGUCAAUCAUUUGGUGGAAAACUAUCGAGAAAAAUUCGAGUCAAUCACCUAUGUUGACACUUUCACAAAUUUCAUCACAAGGUAUGAUAAUAAUCAGGGAUUUGCAUCGAGUAUGGACACUUCAUUCCUCGACACCGAAGAUGAAAGUCCGAAGAGACCUGAGACAGGUAGAGGUAGUAGAUGGGGCUCAGGUAUCAAGGACUUAGAUGCGGAUGAAGAAGCCUAUUUCAAUACUUCUGACGAUGAAGAGGAAAAAUCUCAGGAUCAGAGUUUGACGAAUGGGGAAUCACCUGCUUCGCAGCCUUUAGUUGACUAUCCAUCGGAUGAAGAAAAUGAAAAUUCGGAAAACGAUAUUUCUGUGGGUAUAACCUCCGCUCCAUUAAGUCGGAGCCCUUCGCCAAAGCCAUUAGCUUCCAAAGAUUCCAGUGGAGAUGAGUUAGUAUUAACUCCUACUUCUUCCACACCAACUCCACCAGAAAGGCUAUCGGAAAAACGCAGGAGAGAAGAAGAUGAAGAAGAUGAACUCGGCAAACUUUCCCAUCACAAACGAAGAAGUUCUACGAGUUCUACGACAUCAACCAAUAGCGUGUUGAGGAGGAAACCAAGCUUCAACAAAACACGAGAUGGUAAUAAUGGACCUAAAAAGAUUGCAAUCAGUUUAACUCCAGCUAUCAAAACUGGUGGCGAUAGCCCUGGUGGCAGUUCAAGUUGACAUACUGUUACGUUGAUUUAAAAAUCUUUUUUAAUGGAAGAUUAAGAUUCUUCGGAGGACAUUGGCGCUAUUUAAUUGCACGACAUGGAGUUUGGGCGAAAGGAAGGGAAGGAAAUGGAAUUGUUGCUGAUUGAUUGAUAUAAACAUUCACUCAGUUCAAACCAGUGACAGUGAUUGCUUUAUUGGUUUGCUUUUAAUUUUGGCGCCAAUUGUUCAAUUUUGCUUGCAUCAAGAUUCUUGGCUUUGGCUUGAUUUUUUCGCUUUGGUUGAAAGGAUGGGGAGGGAAACUUUGCGGAAUUCACUUGAUUGUCAAUUACUUGUACAGUAGAAUUGGGACAGCGAUAUUUCUGGGAAUGAAGGGAUGGAUAGGUGGGAUGGGAUGGGAGGAAAAUCAAAUGAUUAGCGAAGGAAAGGGGAGAGGGCAGAGGAGAGAAGAGAAGAGAAGAGGAGAGGAGAGGAGAGGAGAGGAGAGGAGAGGAGAGGAGAGGAGAGGAGAGGAGAGGAGAGGAGAGGAGA